AUGCCUAGCUUGGCUGGGCCGUGGGGGAAUUUCCCCAAUAUCAAUCAUUGUGUUUUAAUGAUUGGUUUUGAAGACUUAAAAAUUCUGUCUUGGAAUGUAAGAGGAGCUUUACAUGACAAUGGGAAGCUCUUCUUGAAGGAAUUAAUUCGGACAAAACAACCAGACAUUGUGAUUCUACUUGAGACAAGAUGUCAGUUUAGUAGAGUGAGCCAAUUUUGGAGUUCUGUGGGUUUCUCCCUAGCUUACAUUUCUGAAGCAGUAGGGUUUAGUGGCGGUAUUUGGAUCCUCACCAAUAACUCGUCCAACCUGUCUUGCAGGCUUCAUCAUAUGCAUCAACAAGUGGUUUCAUUUGAGGUUUGGAGAGACAGCCUCUCUUGGAUUUAUAGUGCAAUUUAUGCUUCCCCCAUUCCAGCUCGUCGUGAAGAGCUUUGGAGCCUCUUGGUAGAUCUUCGUAGGAACAUCUCCAUACCUUGGCUGCUUGUGGGAGAUUGGAAUGAAAUCCUUCAUCCGGGUGAAGUGCGUGGGGGUGAGUUCAUUGCGUCUCGGGCUAACAGGUUUGCUAUGACUCUCAAUGGCUGUGGUCUAGUUGAUCUGGGCAUGUCGGGAGGCAAAUAUACUUGGUUUCGGAAGAGAAAUAAUAGCAUCAUUUUGUUAAAAAGACUGGACCGUGCUUUAGGGGAUGCAGCUUGGAGGAUUGCGUUCCCUGAUGCUUUUGUGGAAGGACUUCACCGUAUACAUUCAGAUCAUUGUCCCCUCCUAAUCAACUUCAGUGCGGCUAGGGAAUCGGGUAAUGAACGACCCUUCCGCUUUUUGGCAGCCUGGGUUGAUCACCCAGAGUACAGGAGCGUGGUUCAGGCAGCAUGGAACACUGGGCAACAAACCAUAACCACUAAGCUGAAUCGGGUCCAGAUGGAUUCUUGUGCCUUCAAUAAAAAUGUCUUUGGAAACAUCUUUCGUCGGAAGCGUUGGGUGGAAGGCAGGCUUAGAGGGGUCCAACGAGAGUUGAGUUUUCGGGUCUCUUCGGACAUGACUCGCUUUGAGGCAGAACUCCAAAUGGAGUAUCGAAGCUUGCUCAAACAGGAAGAGUUGCUCUGGUUCCAGAAGGCAAGAGAAAAUAGAGUGAAAUUUGGAGAUAGAAACACAAGCUAUUUUCAUACCCACACCGUGAUUCGUAGGAAGCGAAACAGGAUUCACCGGCUUAAGCUGGAUGAUGGUUCGUGGAGUGAGGACCAGUCAGUUCUGAUUGCGCAGUUCCAAAACUACUUUCAGGGCCUCUUCACUGCCGAUGCCGAUACUAUUGAUCCUACACUCCAGAUUGUUUCAGUGCCUUCGAUACAGGAUAGGGAGAGAGCUAAACUUGACUUACCGGUGAUCAAGGAAGAAGUUCGUCAGGCUUUAUUCUCCAUGAAGUCUUUGUCGGCACCUGGUCCGGAUGGCUUUCACGCAUACUUCUUCAAACGGUAUUGGGACUUGGUGGGUGAGGACGUAUGGAGGGUUGUGCGAGAGGCCUUUGAAACAGGGACAGUCAGUGAGGAUCUCUUGGAAACUUUAAUUGUCCUAAUCCCCAAGGUUGAUCAUCCAGCUAAUGUCAAGGAAUUUCGACCCAUCAGUUUAUGCAACGUGGUGUACAAGCUAAUAACCAAGGUGGUGGUGAAUAGGCUCCGUCCCCUAUUGAACAAGGUAAUUGGACCCAUGCAAAGUAGUUUUCUUCCAGGGAGGGGAACGAUGGAUAAUGCAAUACUUGCGCAAGAGAUUAUACAUUAUAUGGGCACUUGUGGAGCAAAGAAAGGGAGUUUAGCGUUCAAAAUUGAUUUAGAGAAGGCAUACGACAGUGUCUCUUGGCCCUUUCUUCAGGACACCUUAAUGAGAUUUGGCUUCUCGGAGAGGUUGGUCUCUCUUAUCAUGCGCUGUGUAACGGGCUCUAAGCUUUCUAUCCUUUGGAAUGGAUCUCGUCUUCCUUCAUUCAAACCAGGUAGAGGCCUCCGUCAAGGUGAUCCUCUUUCACCUUAUUUGUUUGUUUUAUGUAUGGAACGCCUUUCCUUGAGCAUUCAAAGGUCUGUGGAAGUUGGUGAUUGGAAGCCUAUCAGAAUUGCUACUGGUUGUAAGGCCCAAGUCAACGUAGUUGCAUCGUUGUUAAUGGAUUUUUGUGCGUACUCUGGGUUAAAAAUUAACAUGGUCAAGUCUAAAGCCAUUGCUUCAAAAGGGGUCCGGGCUGAUGUUAGAGGAGAAAUCAGAAGCAUAGCUCCCAUUCCCUUCGUGCGAGAUUUGGGUAAAUACCUUGGUUUUCCCUUGAGUAAAGGGCGAAUUACGAGAGGGAGGUUCAACUUUUUACUUGACAACAUUCAGCGGAAAAUGGCUACGUGGAAGACCAACAUGUUAAACAUGGCGGGAAGGGUGUGCUUGGCGAAGUCGGUCAUAUCAUCCAUCCCUACCUAUACCAUGCAGGCUUUUUGGUUGCCUAGGAGCAUUACUCAUAAAAUUGACCAGAUGAUGAGGGGGUUUAUUUGGUCCAAACAUGCUGGACAACGAGGUUGGCAUUUAAUUAAUUGGCAAACAGUAACUAGUGCAAAAGAGGAUGGUGGCCUAGGCAUCAAGUGCAUGGAUGACUUCAAUACUGCUCUUUUGGGGAAAGCAGUUUGGCAGCUUAGUGAUGUUUCUCCCAAGUUAUGGGUACAAGCUUUAACCCAUAAAUACCUAAAAGAUACUUCCAUUUUUAGUGCAGGAAACAGGUCCAAUUCUUCUCCUAUUUGGCGAGGAAUCUUGAGGGCGCGUGACCAGCUAGCUGAGGGAUUUAAGUACAGAAUUGGUGAUGGUAGCUCUUCAGUAUGGUACCAUGAUUGGUCUGGGAAGGGAAAAAUCGCAGAACAAAUUCCCUUUGUGCAUAUAUCUGACACAAAUUUGCAACUUCGGGAUUUAAUUGUUGAGAAUAAUUGGAACCUGAAUAGAGUUAUGACUUGGAUGCCAGAGGAGAUAGUGAGCAGAUUUGCCUCCAUUGAGCCUCGCGUUUCAAUCACUGCGGUGGAUAGAUGGUGCUGGAAGGGUAAUGAUGGUGGCACUUAUACAGUAAGGGACGAUUACAAGUGGUUGAGGGAGAGACACAACACAAUGAUAUAUGUUGGGCAAGCGUGGAAUUGGGUGUGGAAGUUAGCUGUGCCGGAGAAAAUUCGUUUUUUCAUCUGGUUAACGCUUCAUGAAGGCCUCCCGGUUAACGCUAACAGGUUUCGUUGCCAUCUAGCUGACACAGAAACGUGUGCUCGCUGCUCCUUGGGUGUGGAAAACUGCCUACACUGUUUAAGGGACUGUCCCCAUUCGAGUGAACUAUGGGCGAAAUUGGGAGCUUGGAGAUGGAGAAGUUUCAGGUCGAAUAACUUGCAGGAUUGGAUCAAAACUCAAGCACAAAGUAGCCAUUCAAUGGAGUUCUUAGCAGGAGUUUCGGGUUGCUGGAAGUGGAGAAAUAACAUGAUUCUUGAUCCUCAACCUUGGCCGUUCCAACUAGCUUGGCAGAAGCUUAGCCAUGAUCAUGAUGAGCUGGUGCGAUAUGACACUAAAGGGGAUGGUCAGCUUCUCCAGUUGCAUUGGUCUCUUCCUUCACAAGACUUCAUAAAGCUAAACUCUGAUGGAAGCUACAAGGAAGACGUGAAUAUCAUGGGUGGUGGCGGAAUCCUGAGAGAUAACCAAGGGAAUUGGAUUGCUGGUUUUACUAGCUCUCAAUCUGAGGGCUCUCCGUUUCUUGCGGAGGCUUUGGCCUUGCGAGAUGGUCUCCGGUUGGCGUGGGGGCAUGGAAUUAGAAAGCUAGUGUGUGAAACGGAUUGUCAAGAUCUGAAUGAGGUGCUGGUUGAUAUGAGCCGUGUUAACCGUCAUGAUCAUGCUGCAGUUUUGAAGGACAUUAAAGAGCUGAUGGAGAGGAAUUGGAGGAUCACGCUGGCAUGGACUCAAAGGGAAUGCAACACUGCUGCUGAUUGGUUAGCUAGACAGGGAGCCUUGUCUCUCAUUCCUGGUGUUAUAGAGCUGAAUUAUCCUCCUCCAGAAUUGGCUAUCAUUCUGUUGAGGGAUAAAUUGGCUGUGGACCGCUUAAAGGCCCGACUUGUUGCCAAAAGGUACACUCAAAUCAAUGGUCUGGAUUAUGGUGAUACAUUCGCUCUUGUUGCUAAGAUGAGUUAUGUUCGUUUGUUUUUAGCCAUUGCUGCCAUUCGCCAUUGGCCGUUGUAUCAACUUGAUAUUAAGAACGCUUUCUUACAUGGUGAUUUGGAGGAGGAGAUUUAUAUGGAGCAACCACCUGGGCUUGCUGCUCAGGGGGAGUUAGGUAAGGUUUGCCGGUUGAAGAAAUCUCUAUAUGGUUUAAAGCAAUUACCUCGAGCUUUCUCAUAA